AUGGGAAUUGAAGUCGGGGAGACCUUCGGUGUCGGACGUCCCGAUAUGAGAAGUGGUAGAGAAGAUGCCGGUCCAGCUACCACCCCAACCAGUACCUCCAACUUCGUACGCCGGUGGUUCUCACGGGCGGCUCAGCCGGAGAUAAUAAGAGCGGCGCAGAACGAUUACAAGGGCAACUAUAUCGCCAUCUGCAUCAGGUCACCAACCUUUCAAGGAGUAGAUGUUUUAGGCCUCAAAAAGUGUGGUCAAGGUCUUCCUUCAUGGAUCCGUGUUGAUGCUGCAACUGGUGAUUCCCAAGUCAUUGAAGUUGACAAAUUUACUAUAAUGAGACGUUGUGAUCUUCCUGCUCGUGAUCUUCGCUUACUUGAUCCAUUAUUUGUCUACCCUUCAACAAUUCUUGGAAAAGAGAAGGCUAUAGUUGUAAAUUUGAAACAUAUUUGUUGCAUUAUAACAGCUGAUGAAGUUGUGCUUUUGAAUUCUCUUGAUAGCUAUGUGUUACAAUAUAUGGUGGAAUUACAAAGACGAUUGAAAGUUGCAGGGGGUGGUGAGGUGUGGCAAUCUGAAGGGGCAGAGUUGACAAGACGAAUGGGAAAUUCAAAUAGGUCCUUAGGGGACAUGUUUGGUAACACUUCACCUGAGUACUUUCCCUUAUAA